CUUUAUUGGCUACUUCUUAUCAAUUUAUCUUUGAACGUAUCCUUUAUAAAUAUCAUCAAACUCAAUGCAAUUGUACACAACAAAUGGAAUUUAUCUAUGAGUCUUAUCUUUACCUACAGAAAUUGUGUGUGGCAGGUCAAUAUGGGACUAAGAAAGGAUCAAAAAGGACUCGCAUAACAUUUUGUGUAUAUCUCCUAAAGAGUGAAGUGUAUAUCAGGUACCUAAACAUAUAUAAGAAUAGAGAUGUUUAAAAAAUGAAUAUUAGUCCUGUUUAAACUGUCACAGUGGUAAUACGAAGAGAGAGUGUUCAAGCUGAACAAAACUCCCGUGCCUUAAAAAUUUAAAAUAGUAAAUUACUUAAGUAUCUACAAAAUGGAAACAGUAAUAAAUUGUGAUAUCUGUCUCGAGAACUUCAGCUUUAAGGAAUUCGAAGCUCAUUACGAAUACUGUGUGAAAAAUCUUAAUGCAUUUGAGGCUAUUAUGAACAAAACUGAUACUGACCCGAGAAAACGACCACUCAAAUCGCGUGACAAUCAACAACAUGUCAGAGAGAAAAAACGUAAGAAAUCUUGCAAUCCUGGUAUUUGGCAGAAAAAGUGUUUCGAAUGCGGCGCAUUUUAUCUUGUGAAAAUGGAAAUAGACCAUAUUGCAACAGAAAGACACAGAUAUGCAGCAGCUAUAAAUAUAAAACAAAAUGAGAAAAUCGUUCCAAUUUCAAUAGAGUCCCAUUUUCCUAUAAAAUCAUAUCGAGUUUAUCCCAAUGAUAGUAAGCCUGACAUACAUCAAUUAAGCAAUCAGUGCAACGAUAAUAUUCUUAAAAUUUUAUAUUAUUGCCUGAGCGAAUACAGAUCCAUCAAGUUUCAGUUGAGCGCAUUUGGAGUGUACAUUGAUGAAUACGACGAAGUCAUACCCUUGAAAACGAUGAAGCCGUUCGUAACACCAUAUAAGUCUAUAUACGAAAUUGAUUCUGUCGUCGAGGAAUUUUCUGAUGCGUUGGAUUACCUUAUAACUGCAAGCCUUGAAUUCCAUCAUCACGACCACAAUUUUUCGAAAAAAAGUUUUCAAUACUUUGAGAUCACAGCCAUAAAAUUGGAACAUAUUCAGGCAGCUGGGUACAUUCCUGCCCCAGACAAAAUAAAGAGUCGAAACGCAUUAAUUAAUGUUAGAAACAUUGAUAAUUACUGUUUCAAGUGGAGUGUUUUGGCAUAUUUGGGCUAUGUCAAACAUGAAACAAUAACUUUCCAAACCGCUGCAAAGCGAAAAUAUGACAGAGAGAAAUUAAGAAAUCCUUCACAUUAUAAAGUUUUGGAUAUUUCCGAAGACAUAAUUGAUUACAAUGGGAUAUCACUCGAUUUCUCAGGUAUAAAGUUUCCAAUUAACAUAGAAGGUAUUAAACGAUUUGAAAAAAAUAACACGGAUUUCAGCAUCAAUGUCUACGAAGUUGAUGUCGAUGAAAAGAAUGUUGUUGGACCGACAAUUAGAACGAAGGAAAAGCGAACGCGUCAUAUUAACUUGUUAGCAAUAAAUAAUAAAGACAAGCAAAUAAUGCAUUACGCGUACAUUACAAGCAUGGGGAAACUAUGCUUUUCACAGCACUCGAAAUCCAAGGCUGCCGCUGAUUUUUGUGAAAAUUGUCUUCAAUUUUAUAACCGAAAAACCAAUAAACAUAACUGUGGAGAGGAACCGGUUCGAUACCCCUUGCCAAAUACCACUCUCUGCUUUGAGUCGCAUUCAAAUAGCAUAUCUCCGCCGGUUGUAAUUUAUGCGGAUAUAGAGUCUUCCUUGGAGCCUAAGUCCUCAGAGGCUUGGGCUGCCGCAUUUUAUAUUGUUCAUCAAUAUAACCCUAAUUUAAACGAAAUGGUGAUUCAUGAAGGCUCUGAUUGCAUAAGGAAUUUCUGCAAAACACUUAAAGAAAAAUUAGUCGUUCUUUACAACCAAUACUGGAAGGUUUCAAAACCGCCAAAUUACAAUCUGGAUAUCUAUGAUGAGUUUACACAGGACUUUGGCCAAUGUUGUGUCUGCGAGGAGGAUAUUGACACUUGCUCUUUGAAUAAGUGCUUUAAUCAAUUUACUGGAGAGUAUAUAGGCCCUGUCCAUAGUGAUUGCAAGCCAAAAUAUAAGUUAACUAAACCCUUUUUCCCAGUAGUUUUUCACAAUUUAACGAGAUUUGACACAAAUUUAUUAUUUAGUGAAUUGGGAAAGUAUGUUAAACCAAUUCCUGGCCGCCAAGAGUUGUACACAAUGUUUAGUCAACAUUAUCAGGUUAAUGUAUAUGAUAGGUUUCAAAUCAAGUUUAUGGACUCAAACAAUUUUUUAAAUUAUAACUUAGAAGAGCUUGUUAGCUAUAUGGAAAAGGGAGACUUAAAAAAUUUAAAAAUGCAAUUUCCAGGCGAACAAUUUGAUGUGAUGUCGCAGAAAAAGAUGUUACGUAAAAACUUUUUAGAAAGUUUUGAUCAACUUAACGAAACACGACUACCUAAAAAUCAUUACUUCUUUAAUUAUGCUGAUCGGGUAUGGGAUAUUUUCGGUUGUAAUAGAAUUGGAGAUUACCUAAAAUCAUAUUUUGAAAGGGAUGUCAUUCUCUUGGCAGAUGUUUUUGAACACUUUAGGCGCACUUGCCUAGAAAUAUAUAAAUUAGACCCAGUUAAUUAUCCUACAGCUUCUUCAAUGUCAUGGGAUGCGAUGCUGAAAGUCACCAAAGUAAAUUUAGAUUUAAUUAGUGAUCCCGACAUGUAUAAUUUCCUAAAAAGUGCAGUGCGUGGCGGACUGGUUCAAUGCAACCAAGAGAGUGCAAAAGCGAAUAAUAAAUACAUGGAUAAUUUUGAUCCCAAGAAGCCUAUACAUUACUUGGCCAGUUUUGAGGCCAACAAUUUAAGUGAAUGGGCAAUGAGCCAGCCACUUCCAUUUUCUAAUUUUACGUUUUUAAAAUAUUCCGAAAUUGAAACUCUUAAUGUUAAAACACAAACUGCAGAUGGAGAUGUAGGGUACAUUUUAGAAGUAGACAUCGAGUAUCCAAAUCAUCUUUAUAGGACGCACAUUGGUAUGCCUUUCUGCCCUGAAUACGAAAUUAUUCCAGGUGGAAGACAUAGGAAACUGACAGCUUCCUGCACGGAUAAAAAAAAGUAUAUUAUUCAUUUGAAGCACCUUCAAUUAUGCCUACAGAACGGACUGGUCUUAACGAAGAUACACCGCGUGAUGACUUUUAAUCAAUCCUGCUGGUUAAAGCCAUAUAUUGACUUAAAUAUAGAACACAAAAAAUUAGCUAAAAAUAAGUUUGAAUGGCAGUUUUUUAAACUUAUGAAUGAGGUUAUCGUUGGUAAGUCAUUGGAAAAUGUUGAAAAACGUCGUGACGUGGCCUUGGUAACCCAUUAUCAGUCCAAACAAAAUUCUCCAGGAUUUAGACAACGAGUUGCUAAUAAUAAUUUUCGUGGUGUUGAGGUUUUUAGCAAUAAUUUAGCUGCGAUCGAGUCAACAAAGACUAAUGUUAUUUAUGACAGGCCAAUAUAUAUUGGAUUUAGCGUCUUAGAAAUGUCGAAAUGGUUUAUGUACGAACAUUAUUAUAAUUUUCUUUCUGUCAAAUGUCGCUCGGCAAAAAUAAUAUUUAUACGUAACAACUUAUUGGUUGCAUCAUACAUGAGAAAAGAUUAA